AUGGGGAAGACUAUUGGCUGUGACGACUACCUGGGCUCUGACAAGGUCGUAGAUAAAUGUGGUAUUUGUGGAGGAGACAACACAGGCUGUCAGAUUGUGUCAGGAGUAUUUAAACACACUCUCACCAGCCUAGGCUAUCACCGUGUUGUUGAAAUACCACAAGGGGCCACAAAAAUUAACAUCACUGAGAUGUAUAAAAGCAACAAUUACUUAGCACUUCGGAGCCGAUCAGGCCGUUCCAUCAUCAAUGGAAACUGGGCAAUUGACCGGCCUGGUAAAUAUGAAGGUGGAGGGACAAUGUUCACCUACAAGCGCCCAAAUGAAAUCUCUAGCACUGCAGGAGAAUCAUUUUUAGCUGAAGGUCCCACUAAUGAGAUCCUAGAUGUCUAUAUGAUACACCAGCAGCCCAACCCAGGUGUCCAUUAUGAGUAUGUCAUCUCAGGAACUAAUGCCAUUAGUCCUCAGCUACCACCUCAUAGAAGACCAGGAGAGCCCUUCAAUGGACAGUUAGCAGUGCCAGAUGGACGGAAUCCAGAGGGAGGAGAGGAGAAGCAACAAGAAGAAAAGAAGGAGAAAUUUCCCAGUGGGGACAUGAAAAUAUUCACUGAGGAUACCACCCACACCUUUCCAGUGAGACAGCCAGAAAGAUUUUCCCCCCACCAGCCAGACAACCUGGUUCCAGCCGCACAACCACCACGGAGAAACAGAGACCACAACUGGAAGCAGGUUGGGACGACAGAGUGCUCAGCUACCUGUGGGAAAGGAUCACAGUACCCCAUCUUUCACUGUGUGAGUAGAAAUUCUCAUGAAGAGGUUCCUGAAAGCUAUUGUGAUCCCAGCACCAAACCUACUCCUGAAGAAGAACCUUGCAAUAUUUUCCCUUGUCCAGCCUUCUGGGACAUAGGAGAAUGGUCUGAAUGCAGUAAAACAUGUGGCCUUGGAAUGCAACACCGGCAGGUCCUCUGCCGCCAGAUGUAUGCCAACAGGACCUUAACUGUACAGCCAUACCGCUGCCAACACCUGGAAAAACCAGAGACCACCAGUACUUGCCAGCUGAAGAUCUGCAGUGAGUGGCAAAUCCGGACAGAAUGGACCUCGUGUUCGGUACCAUGUGGUGUGGGACAAAGGACUCGAGAUGUGAAAUGUGUCAGCAACAUUGGGGAUGUUGUAGAUGAUGAAGAAUGUAACAUGAAGCUCCGGCCGAAUGAUAUUGAAAACUGUGAUAUGGGGGCCUGUGCGAAGAGCUGGUUCCUGACCGAAUGGAGUGAAAGGUGCUCUGCAGAAUGUGGUGUUGGAGUCAGGACACGUUCGGUGGUGUGCAUGACCAACCAUGUCAGCAGCCUGCCCUUGGAGGGCUGUGGCAAUAACAGACCAGCAGAAGUUACCCCUUGUGACAAUGGACCCUGUGCUGGCAAAGUCGAGUGGUUUGCUGGGAGCUGGAGUCAGUGCUCAAUUGAAUGUGGAAGAGGCACCCAACAGAGGGAAGUGAUUUGUAUCAAGAAGAAUCCGGAUACCUUUAAUGUGUUGGACCCACAUGAAUGUUCGUACUUAGAAAGACCUCCCAGUCAGCAAUCCUGCUACCUCAAACCCUGUGGUGCUAAAUGGUUUAGUACAGAAUGGAGUGUGUGCUCCAAAAGUUGCCAAGGAGGAUUCCGGGUACGAGAGGUUCGAUGUCUCUCAGAUGACAUGACACCCAGUAACCACUGUGACCCUCAAUAUAAACCAGAAGAGAAAGAAUCUUGCAAUCCUCAGGAUUGUGUCCCUGAAAUUGAUGAAAACUGCAAAGACAAAUAUUACAACUGCAAUGUGGUGGUCCAGGCCCGGCUCUGUGUGUACACCUAUUACAAGACCGCCUGCUGUGCAUCCUGUACAAGAGUGGCCAAUAGACAGUCGAGUUUUGCAGGGCGGAGAUAAUAUCCAUCCUAGUUACUGUGGGACUGGACAGAUGUAAGCAGUGUUGUUGUGGGUACCCUCAACAGGCUCUGCCGGGGUUGGGUAGGUAGGAACCCCACAAAUACAAUUUAAUCAUAUCCCUUCAAUUAAAUAAAAUGGGAAAGGGGUAUC